AUAAGAUUUUUGCGAUCAAGAUGUAAUAAAAACAUCCAGGAAACUCCUUGAAUCCAUAAGUAUGGAGACUUUAAAUAAUUUUCAAAGGAAGUCCCUGGCCCCAGUCCCGGUUUGGCAUUUGUCAAACCUCCAAGACGGAAAGUCGCAAACUCUUUCUGAACUCUUGUUAAGCAACCAUGCGUCAUUUGCUGUUCUCCGCGACCCAAGGCUUCUAUUUCAUAAUCACCUACCUCAUGCUCUAGGGUCAUCGUAUCUUCUCGGCGCGGGUACACAAAAGUUGAAGCAGAUAUACAACGCAGAAGCGGAAGAGUUGAAACAAGUCCACGAUGUCUUCAUACAAGGAGGCAUUACGCGUGAUAAUUGGCGAGACUUUCUUGGUCAGAAACAGUAUACUGUCGCUUACACCAAUUUCUUCGAUAUUGAGGUUCAGAACUACGCUGGCGACUGGAAAGCCGUAGUGGACACCUACCUUUUCGCCGGUUCAAAACCAUUGAUCAAUGGGUUCUCCGGUGGUCUCGGACACCCGUUCAUUCAUCUUGCCUAUGCCUACGAGUUCAACAGCAGUGUGGUCGCCACUGAGGCCCUCAGUAUGGGGUGCACCGAGUACGAUGACAUACAUCGUUUCAUCGAUCGCUAUCCCGACGAUAACUCAACAUACCAAACAGCAAGCCUAGAGAAAGUGUUAAAUAUGGUCAGAGACGACCGGCGAUUCGACGAUAUGUUUGAUCAACCUGGAUUCGCCAAUGUCUUCACGACACUGGAACAACGAGAAACGAUCGUCUUGGAACACUGGAAUGGCUGGAUCGUAACUGAUCCUUAUGAACAACUAGAUGAUUGCAUGUUUACCGCGUCGCGUCUAGCGAUCGAAACCUCAAACUCGAAAGGCGAGUUCGAUUUCUAUUUGGCUCACGUGCUGACAGUGGGUCAUGCUCUCCGCAUCCUACUUCCUCUGAUGCCGGUUGUAUGGCACAUUCCGGUUAUGAAGCAGUACGGUCUUUUUACUAUCCUCGUAUAUAUCGCGCAGCUGCGACCGGCAUUUGACGCUCAGAACAUUGAAUCCUGGGAGCUCAAGGCGUCGAACUGGUCCAAAAUCUCCGAAGACGCCGUGAAUAAUGAGCCGUCCGUAGAUAUUCAUUUCCCGAAAGUUGUUCGCGCACUCAAAGUGGCUGAGGAGACUUGGGGCUCAAAGCACCGACACUUCAUGAAAGCGGCCGAGAAGUUUAUCGCAGAAUUCAAAAGCUGGACGGGAUUUGGCUUGGGCGUUGAUGUGAUUCCAUAACGUGGCCUUCAUCUUGCCUUCUGUUUUAUUUUACUUCAAGUGAAAA